CAGCAGCAGCUGGUGCCGGGCGGGCAGGGGCGGCGCAGCGCCGGGAUGGCCGUGGCGGUGGGGAGACCCGCGAAUGACGAGCUUCGAAACCUGUCCCUUUCCGGUCAUGUGGGCUUUGACAGUCUUCCAGAUCAGCUGGUCAACAAAUCAACCUCUCAAGGGUUCUGCUUCAACAUUCUUUGUGUUGGUGAAACUGGCAUUGGCAAGUCAACCUUAAUGGACACUCUGUUUAACACCAAGUUUGAAAGUGACCCAGCCACCCACAAUGAGCCCGGUGUGAGGUUGAAAGCAAGAAGCUAUGAACUCCAGGAGAGCAACGUCCGUCUGAAGCUGACCAUUGUUGACACAGUUGGAUUUGGAGAUCAGAUUAAUAAAGAUGACAGCUACAAGCCCAUAGUCGAAUAUAUCGACACUCAGUUUGAAGCUUAUCUGCAGGAGGAGCUGAAGAUCAAGCGUUCCCUGUUUAAUUACCAUGACACAAGGAUUCACGCCUGCCUAUAUUUCAUCGCACCUACGGGACACUCACUGAAGUCUCUAGACCUGGUCACCAUGAAGAAGCUUGACAGUAAGGUUAACAUUAUCCCUAUAAUAGCCAAAGCUGAUACAAUUGCAAAAAAUGAGUUGCAUAAAUUCAAGAGUAAAAUCAUGAGCGAGCUGGUCAGCAAUGGUGUCCAGAUCUAUCAGUUCCCAACAGAUGAAGAGACAGUGGCUGAGAUAAAUGCUACAAUGAGUGUUCACCUUCCAUUUGCUGUUGUUGGCAGUACUGAAGAAGUGAAGAUUGGCAAUAAGCUGACCAAGGCCAGGCAGUAUCCAUGGGGGGUUGUGCAGGUUGAAAAUGAAAACCAUUGUGACUUUGUGAAGCUGCGUGAGAUGCUGAUCCGAGUGAACAUGGAGGAUUUGAGAGAGCAGACGCACACCCGGCACUAUGAAUUGUACAGGCGCUGUAAGCUAGAAGAAAUGGGAUUCAAAGACACUGACCCUGAUAGUAAACCAUUCAGUCUCCAAGAGACCUAUGAAGCGAAGAGGAAUGAAUUCCUGGGUGAGCUGCAGAAGAAGGAGGAAGAAAUGAGACAGAUGUUCGUCAUGAGAGUGAAGGAGAAAGAAGCAGAGCUGAAAGAAGCGGAGAAAGAUCUCCAUGAAAAGUUUGACCAUCUGAAGCGGACACACCAAGAGGAGAAGAAAAAAGUGGAGGACAAAAAGAAGGAGCUCGAGGAGGAGCUGAGCAACUUCCAGAAGAAGAAGGCAGCCGCUCAGCUAUUACAGUCACAGGCGCAACAGGCUGGUUCCCAACAAACCAAGAAAGACAAGGACAAGAAAAAUAGUCCCUGGCUCUGCACGGAAUAAGGGAUACCCUCAAAUCUAGUUGGAUGUGCUUUUUCACCUAUGCAUCUUCUUCUUUCUGUAACGCUCACCUUGCCAAGCCCCUACUCCCUUUCUCCUAAUGGGCAUUAGAAGAGCCAGCAGGACAUGUACACACCUGGUGGGAGAAGUGAUCUCAUUCUUCCAUCAGCUCCACCUUGCUCUUUAAAGCAUGGGUCAGGGAAGUGCAUAGCUGUAAGGGUCUGUUUGCUCCCCAGGGCUGACCAGGGUGUCUCCUCCAGGAUUUUCAUUACCAAAACGAGAGAGAGAAUAAGUGGAACAGAGAACUUGGAUGCUAUCACAGAUAUGACAGUAGGAGCUUUUUUCUUCUGCCACCACCUGCACACUGCUGUUGAUUAAAUAAGAAGUUUACAGAUGGACAGAAUGUGUGCAAUAAUAAGCCAUGAUUGCUGAGUAGUAGAUUUAAGCUAGCACCAACUCUACCCUCUCUGCCAAACCAUCCUGAUCUGGUUCCUCUGAAAGCUGUGCAGUCAUGAGGCAUAUGCUCCUGUGCAUUUUAAACCAUUUAUUACAAUAGUUCCUUGGACAAGGAUCACUAAGGAUGAAGUGGCAUGAGCAGAGAGAGCUGCUAUUUGAUACUGUUGUGUUAAUGGAAUUUGUUCAGUUAUUUUCAGCUGAUCAUCUGCCUCUUCGUGUGCAAAAUGGGAUCUUUUCCUAUGAAGUCCAGCCACACAGAUCGCUGUCUCAGAAAACUAUUUUUAACUAUGUGAACCCAAUCCAGUAACUUUUACAUGCUUGAUGUAGUCUUGCUGUGGGACAUGCAUAACUUUCACUUGUUUACUUCAGAAGCAGAUUUGACAGCAAAGAGCUUGAAAAGUGCUAAAAACAAAGUAAGCUUGUACCAUAGUUUACACAUGCAAGUGGAGUGCCCUCUAGUGUCAGUGGGCUCUGUUCAUUACAGUCAUCAUUUUAGGUGUAUUGUGGGGAGUUUUUCUAAUCAGUUGCUGCCAAGCAGUGGAUGUUCAUUGCUCCUGACCACAACUCAUUGCUGUAUUUCAGUGUGGAGUGACCAAAGGAAUGCAGAGUAUUUUAUGUUGCCUCCUUUCUUGUUUAAAGAAUAAAAGCCACUAUUGUUCCCAAACUUGCUUAUGUGCUUUUUCAGAAGCACAGGGGGUUUUUUGGCACUGGUAGAGGAUUUGGACUCCUGCUGCUGGAGAGAGGGCUGGGCUUGGAGUGACAAAACCACCAUUUCUUCAAUCUGAUUAAGUGGAUUUGUGCCCAUGUAUCAAGGAAAUAUUUAAAUCAGCCUUACAAACUUAUCAUGAAUGUUAACAUUUCUGGUAUUUAAAUUUAGUUGGCUGAAACGUACUCUCCUCCAACUGAAGGAGUGGGAGAAGAAUCUUGCAAUAGUCAAAGAUAGGGAGAAAACUUGAGUAUGGAGUUAAGCCCCUGCACCUGGAACAGACUCACUGAGAAGAAACAACCUUCAGAAAAUGUAUUAAGUUCAGACACUUCCCUCAUUGAGGCCUGGUGUUCUAAACAUGGGGUUAGUGCAUUGCUAGAUUAAGGUCUGACUCCAUUAAUAUUUGAUGAUGUCCACAGAUCAUCACUUUAGUAAAAUGUGACCUUUACUGAUUAAUUAGUGGAGUUUAACCCCAUCUUCUAGAACUGCUUGAUCAGGCCCUGAUGUUACGAUGGUAGAAGCAUACUGGUUUGAUCUGUAUGAAGCAUAGGACUCAGGGUUCUCAGUGUGCUGCCACUGAAAGCCCAUGGCACAACGUGCAUUCAUUUCAAUAGGAACAGGAUCAUGGCCUAUGUGACUUUAGUAGAAACAGCUGAGCCCAGGUGAAAGUCACCCCUGGGCAGAGGGUCAGCUUGAGGCUUAGGCAUCACUUAACUCCCUCUGAAGUCUUCAUUUGAGAAUGAGAAAUAUGCAUGUGGUUAAGGGUAGGGUAAUGUUUUCAAAAGCACCAAAGUCCUUGCAGCAUCAAGGCCUGGGGAAAUGGGUGCAACUCCACUGCCCCCACUGGAUGUCGUCUCACCCAUGGAGUUUAUAAUAGCUAUGCCUUCCAGCCAAGUUAAGGUACAUUUUAUUUAGCUCCUAAUCCAUUUCCCCAUGCUCACGUGCUUGUGCCUCAGUCCUUUUCUCCUUAAGUCACUGCUGCAUGCUCUGAGUCCCUACAAGUGCCUAGUCAGUUCUGAGUAUUUUUUAAAUAAAAAGGUAAUUGUGGUAGGAUGUUGAAAUCGAAUAGUCACUAUACACCCACCUUUGGCUUUUGAAAAUGCAUGGCUAGAACUGCUCCCCUGCCCACAUAGUGUGGGCUGUAGACUUUAGGACUAAGACACAGAGUAAA